AUGGCACUAAUGAAGGUCAAGUUUGACCUGAAGAAGCGGGUGAAGCUAGCCCAGUUGCUAUGGCUGAUGUACUGGUUCUCAGUGAUGGCAGGCGUGCUGGUCUUCAGCAUGGGGCUGUUCUUUAAGAUCGAGCUGCGUAAGCGCUCAGAGAUGAUGGACAACAACGAGAGCCACUUUGUCCCUAACUUACUAAUCGGCGUGGGGCUGCUGGCCUGUGGGAUCAAUGCCAUGGGAGGCAAGAUCUGCUAUGACUCCCUGGACCCCAGCAAGUUCUCAAGGUGGAAGCCCAUGCUCAAAUCCUUCCUUGUCUCCUGUGUGGCUUUCAAUUGUCUCCUGGUGCUGACGGCUCUGCUCUGCUUCCUAAUGAGGAUCCCUCUCCAGUUCACACUGGCUGAGGGCCUGAAGAACGCCCUGAAGUUCUACAAGGACACGGACACGCCGGGACACUGCUACAUGAAGAGAACCCUGGACCAGAUGCAGAUGGAGUUCCGUUGCUGCGGCAACAACAACUUCAGGGACUGGUUCGAGAUCCAGUGGGUCAGCAACCGCUACCUGGACUUUGGUGCCAAGGAAGUAAAAGAGUGAGUCAUGAUAUUACCAACAGAUCUAGGAUCAGUUCUAAAGCUAACCCUACCCUAUCCCUAACCAUUAGGUGGUUAUCAUGCAAAACUGACCUUAGAUCAGUGUUAAACAUAGUGAUGUAAGUUUUAUUUUAAAUAAGAUGCCUCUAUCAUAGGCCCACACCAACAAAUGUUAUGAAUGGAGAUUGCAGAGUUAGUUUAUGGGGGGUUCACUGUUCUUAAUGGGUGUUCAGUGUAAAUGGAUUGCAGGUGCGAGGAGGGGGAGGCUAAGGAAGAUAAAGGGUCACUUUCUGUUAUAAGGUUAAGGAGGGUUACAGGGUCAGUGGAUUUGAGAUUUUAGUGUUAGAGGUGGUGAUGGUGGUGUGUGCAUGUGGGUUUGUUUAAAGGGUUACUGAACAGUGUUGGGCUUAUGGGAGGUGGGGGAAGGGGAUUCAGUCAUUAGUGUGCAGUAAUAGCGAUAAUGGUGGGGGGGAAAGGGGUCAGCUUUCUAUGAGAGUUGAAGGGGAAUGAUGCAGGGGUCUGUUUUGCAGUGUGUCAGGUGUAAGGUGUGUUUGGAUGCAGGUGUUUCAAGUGUUGGUUUUCAGUGUAAGUCAUACCAAGUGUGUAUUUGUGGUUGUCAAAGGGGGCAGUUUUCAUCAUAAGUGGUGUAAGGUGUACAUGCACCCACCCAUGUGUUUGCGUGAAUGUGUGUGUGUGUGUGAUCCUGUGAGUUCUUAGUGGCUCCAGCCCUACUUUAAUACACCUCAUUCAGCAAAUCGGUCCUGUCUAGAGUUGCCCAUCCCUGGUCUGUGUCAGCGUUAUCAUGCAUUUUCAGUAUUCCCAACGGAGUGUUAUUCUAUGUCUGUGUUGUUGGGAAUAACUGGAAAUUAUUCAUAUCCCUGUCACUCUCUCUCAUCUCUGAUCCCAUCAGACUAUUCUUUGCAUGACUCUGAUUUAGAACUACCCUACAACUGUCAAUCACAGUUGAAACCCCACUGCCAGACCACCCAAAGGCCAAAUGCACACUUCCUGCUACAUAAUCAGAGAGAUUACCGCUGUCACGGUCAGUCCAGUCAGUCUCACUUUAUGGGGAUAAUCCCUAUCUACUCAGACGAUCAACAAACUGCUUGAUUGAUUACCUGUCAACUACAACUAUGUUGACAAGCCACAACUAGGUUAACUAGCUACUACUGUAUAUCCAGCCAUCGAUUAGUUAGUAUGCAGACUAAUUCCAUUUAGGCAAUUCAUCCUCAUUCGAAGUAAUGGAUCAACCAUCAAUUUAUGAAUUUAAUUUCAAUACAUCCUCUGAAAUGCCCUCUCAGUGUAGGAGAGGAAAGUCACUCUGAGAGAGAUCCUUCGUAAGUGGUGUGCAUCUUGAUCUUCCAUAAUCUUUGGUUGUCAUUUCUGAGUCCGUGGCAGAUAGAUGUCUUUCCAAUGAAGACGUGUGUCCAAUGAGAGUUGCUGAAUGUUUUUCUCAUCUUCAGUGUGCUCAUCUGUUUGUGUUGGAGACCGAGAUUUAGUGAAAGUAUCAUCGCUCCUUCCCAAUGUGAGCAGAGUACAUUCUUCAUUCUCAGUUGGCUCGUGCACCUUUGUUGGAAAGCAUGUGACAGUAAUCGUUUGCACUGUUUCUUCCCAAAUCCAAUGUGAGGAGAGCAGAGUAUUCCCAGUAGAGAGGGGCUAAUGCGGUUAAUUCCAUUCAAACAGCAUGUGAGAGACUGAUAGACCUUCAUAAUCCUCUCUUUACCAGGUACACUGUGAACUGAUUUCAGCUCUGUCAGAAACAAUGCAAGCACUGCAAACCCUCUAUCAUGGAAACUGCACGAAAAAGCAGUGUUAGGUUGUGUCAGGGUUGUGUCAGGUCUUUCAGCCUAAUACUACCUUUCUAAAUACCGAUAGUUCACUAGGACUUCAUCACGCUUACAGUACAUUAUGAUGGAUGGAUGGAUUGGGUAGUGCUUUUUAUAUAUAUUGACCCUAAAAUCUGCCCUUUGCCCUCUGACCCCCAGUCGCUUAAGCAGUAAUGAGAAUGGGAAGUACUUGAUGAAUGGCUACCUCAUAAGACCUUGAGCCUAACACACAACACACUGACCCUAAGCCAUAACACCUUAACCUCUGCCCUUUGCCCUUUCACCCCCCAGUCGUAUCGGCAGCAACGUGGAUGGGAAGUACCUGAUGGAUGCCGUUCCAUUCAGCUGCUGUAACCCCAGCUCCCCGCGGCCCUGCAUCCAGUACCAGGUGACCAACAACACGGCCCACUACUCCUAUGACCACCACACUGAGGACCUGAACAUCUGGAAACGGGGCUGCCGCGACGCUCUGAUUUCCUACUACGGCGGCAUGAUGAACACCAUAGGAGCCCUGGUGCUGCUGGUCACUAUUCUGGAGGUAAGAAAAUAUAGUCUGUAGAGCAUCUACAGAUGGACUAUCCAAAUGAAGUGGCACUAAAUACUCCCUCUCACUCGCUUGUUAAAAGGCGUGGGGUGUUUUUUGUGAUGAAGUUUGUCACUGAGAGUUGACAAAGAUGCCCCAGAUGCCUGGCUAGAUCCAGAAUUCCUGGCAUAGGGUCCUCCUGUACUCUCAAUGUUCAUUUCCACACCUCCCUCCACCUCCCUCCACCACUUCCACCUACCUCCACCUCCCUCCACCUCCUCCCUCCACUUCCCUCACCUCCCCCACCACCUCCAUCCACCUCCUCACCUCCCUCCACCUCCUCACUCCACCUCCCUCACCUACUCCACCUCCCUCCACUUCCCUCAUCUCCCUCCACCUCCCCCCACCACCUCCACCUCCCUCACCUCCUCCACCUCCUCCCUCCACCUCCCUCACCUCCUCCACCUCCCUCCACCACUUCCACCUACCUCCACCUCCCUCCACCUCCUCCCUCCACUUCCCUCACCUCCCCCACCACCUCCAUCCACCUCCUCACCUCCCUCCACCUCCCCCCACCACCUCCACCUCCCUCCACCACCUCCCUCCACCUCCACCACCUACCUCCACCUCCCUCACCUCCCCCACCACCUCCCUCCACUUCCCCCACCACCUCCCACCACCUCCACCUCCCUCCACCAUCUCCCUCCACCUCCACCUCCCUCACCUCCUGCUCUCUGCCGUAGGGGCGGCAUCACCUAUCAGGUUUACAACGGUACACACAGACACACACCUGCCAGGUUUACAAUGGUAAACACAGACACACACCUGCCAGGUUUACAAUGGUAAACACAGACACACAUGCAGAGGCAGGCUUACAGUGGUAGUACACAGGACUGGUAACGCUUUACUGGUAAUCCUGUGGGCCGUGUGGAUGCAGGCUUUCACUCCAACCAAAGCAAUAACAUGCCUGACUAAUUAAGUCUAUAUUGAAGACGAUGCUUGGAUGAUUAGUUGAUUCAGGUGUGUUACUGCUUUUGGCAGGUGUGUUACUGCUUUUGGCAGGUGUGUUACUGCUUUCGACUGGCACUAGUCUGCAACCCCCACCGUCCUACGCAGCUAAAUGGCGGCCCUUGAACAUACGCUGUGUAUUUCGUGGUGCAACGCUCUCUUUUCAGAAUAAAUUCACUUAAAAGGUAUGAGAAAAGUGUUACUGUAAAAUGGCAAAAUUGGCAUCUUUGCUGUUUUUUUUGUAUUUUAUUGGUAUUUGUAAUACAUGUAUUAAUACUGAUGGAAAAUCUCUGUUCUAGAAAACUUGCAGUAUUUAAAGAGGGCUGAACUUCCUGAUUUAGCUUUGGUUUCAAUUCACCUCAUUAGGAAGCGCAACUGAGAGCGAGACUUGGGUAUUGGAGGCUUUGAUGUGGGUGUCUCUGGUGUGUGUGUGUUCGAACAUAGGAAGCGUUUGUACUUUCACUCUGCCAAAACAGUACACAGCUACAUUCACUCACCCUUCCAGAUAACUUGAAACAAUCUGACCAGAGGUGUAUACUAUGAUUUAAGCUAGAUCUACUCAGGGUUUUCUAAUGCUAGCCAGCUUCAGUUAGCUUCACAUUCCAGCUCAGGCUUCAUUCGUCCUACGACGGUGGAUAUUGCUUGUCCGCCUGCCGCUAACUAUAGCAGGCUUAUAAUUGUGAGCGCAUGUCGCACGUGGCUAGUCGAACGCCGAACUCUUCAAUGCAUGGGCAAGUCAGUGCCACAUUUUAAAUUGUGCCGAAAUCAAAAUGAAAGGAAAGUUAUCUUACAAAUUCACCAGGCUGUGGUGUGAAUUAGGCUUUUAGAAGGGCCGUCUUUAGUUAUCGUUAAUGCCAUCUUUGGCGUGCUUUUCAAUGCACAAGCACUCUUUCCCCCACACCUAUCAAUAAAAGCAAAAGUUUCUGUGCAAAGUUUCAAAUGCAUUCUGUCAUUACUAAAUGUGUAACGUGAUAGGUAUUUUAACGUUACUUUUUUAAAAACGUUUUAUUUAUUAUUAAUAACAUAUUUAAUCAAUCAUCUUCGUCAAAUGAAAGGGAUGAUGACGCAAUCUUUGCGAGAGGGAGGGAAUCUGAUUUCAUUGGUCCUUAACUCGCAGCUCGGACACUUCAUUCAGAAUAGCGGGAUGAAGGAUUUGUUACCUGGCUGAAAGGUGAGCAACUUUCGUGGUACCAGUUAUCUCGAGUUGAACUCAGUUGACCAAAGUUACUUCACUAACUCCUCAAACCAUGUACAGGGCUCAGGUCUUGUGUCUGGAACUGUCAAAAUUGUUUUGGCUUUGGAUAGCUAGGCUAGUUAGGUACAUCAAUAAAUUACACUAUGUAAAUGAGAUAAUAUUUUCAUGUUGCACAUGUUUUUGUUGUCUCAUUAAAUGCUUUCAAUAUUUGUAUAUGAAUUUCUACAAUUUAUAGCUGGUUUGAGGUUUUUAAGUCAUUGAAAUUUGGAGCUAUUGACAUUUAAAAAUAUUGUCCCGUGUACAUUGUGUAAUUUACUGAUGGUCCCUAAAGAGUCCCAUAUGGAUAUCAAAUAUCAAACAUUUCAAAUUGACCAUGGUCAUUAGGAUAGGGCCAUGUGCAGCUGCACUCUGAAUUGAUAAAUACUUGGGUGCUGCCAGCUGUGGGCAGGACCAACCCAAGGAAAACUGUUAUGGUACCCUUCAUUCUGUGACAUACCAUUUUUUCCUAAUUAUCAUGCAAAUCUCUGUUUUGGACGAGAAUGACUCAAUGACCAAAUCUCUCCUAUUUACACUUCGUAGUAGUCAAUUUUGACACGAGAAUAAAUGUUUCUGACUAAUAUGGAUGCCACAUAGGCCGUUUUCUACCAGAGAAGUUGUUUAUUGCCUUCAGUUGCUCUUUAACUUGUCCUGAAAACCUGGACUUGGACUCAAUCUGCUGAAGCUUAUCAGGGAUAAAAACAACCGGAGAGAUCUCCUACCUGGAAUAGCCAUGGUUACGCAACUGUCUCCAUGGUUUUACCUUACCUGUAGCUUUGUCAGAGGGGUCAUGCUAGAAGGGAUCCAGCUUUUGUCAAAUUAAUGUCAGAUUUGACUUUUCGUAGCAGGUUUGGAGAAUUAAUGUAGCAGGUUAGGGGAAUUAGGUUAAGGUUAGGAAAAGGGAUCAAAUGCCAAAAAAUCAACUUUUGACAAAAGCUGGAUCCCUUCUAGCCAUUACCUGUCAGAGGUGGAGGGAUGUCUUACGUUGGGGGAGGGACCAACUACAUUUACAUGUACAUUUACAUCAUUUAGCAGACGCUCUUAUCCAGAGCGACUUAUAAAUUGGUGCAUUCAACUUAUGAUAGCCAGUGGGACAACCACUUUUAUUUAUUUGUUGUAGUUUUUUUAAUGGGGGGGUGGGGAGGGGGAGGGGGGGUAGAAGGAUUACUUUAUACUAUUCCAGGUAUUCCUUAAAGAGGUAGGGUUUCAAGUGUCUCCGGAAGGUGGUCAGUGACUCCGCUGUCCUGGCGUCAUGGGGGAGCUUGUUCCACCAUUGGGGUGCCAGAGCAGCAAAUAGCUUUGACUGGGCUGAGCGGGAACUGUGCUUCUGUAGAGGUAGGGGAGCUAGCAGGCCAGAGGUGGAUGAACGCAGUGCCCUCGUUUGGGUGUAGGGUCUGAUCAGAGCCUGAAGGUAAGGAGGUGCCGUUCCCCUCACAGCUCCGUAGGCAAGCACCAUGGUCUUGUAGUAGAUGCAAGCCUCAACUGGAAGCCAGUGGAGUGUGCGGAGGAGCGGGGUGACAUGAGAGAACUUGGGAAGGUCGAACACCAGACAGGCUGCAGCGUUCUGGAUAAGUUGUAGGGGUUUAAUGGCACAGGCAGGGAGCCCAGCCAACAGCGAGUUGCAGUAAUCCAGACGGGAGAUGACAAGUGCCUGGAUUAGGACCUGUGCCGCUUUCUGUGUGAGGUAGGGUCGUACUCUGCGAAUGUUGUAGAGCAUGAACCUGCAGGAUCGGGUCACCGCUUUGAUGUUAGCAGAGAACGACAGGGUGUUGUCCAGGGUCACGCCAAGUUUCUUUGCACUCUGGGAGGAGGACACAAUGGAGUUGUCAACCGUGAUGGUGAGCUCAUGGAGCGGGUAGUCCUUCCCCGGGAGGAAGAGCAGCUCCGUCUUGCCGAGAUUCAGCUUGAGGUGGUGACCCGACAUCCACACUGAUAUGUCUGCCAGACAUGCAGAGAUGCGAUUCGCCACCUGGUUAUCAGAAGGGGGAAAGGAGAAAAUUAAUUGUGUGUCGUCUGCGUAGCAAUGAUAGGAGAGACCAUGUGAGGAUAUGACAGAGCCAAGUGACUUGGUGUAUAGAGAGAAUAGGAGAGGGCCUAGAACUGAGCCCUGGGGGACACCAGUGGUGAGAGCACGUGGUGCGGAGACAGAUUCUUGCCACGCCACCUGGUAGGAGCGACCUGUCAGGUAGGACACAAUCCAAGAGUGAGCAGCGCCGGAGAUGCCCAACUCGGAGAGGGUGGAGAGGAGGAUCUGAUGGUUCACAGUAUCAAAGGCAGCGGAUAGGUCUAGAAGGAUAAGAGCAGAGGAGAGAGAGUUAGCUUUAGCAGUGCGGAGAGCCUCUGUGACACAGAGAAGAGCAGUCUCAGUUGAAUGACCAGUCUUGAAACCUGACUGGUUUGGAUCAAGAAGGUAAUUCUGAGAGAGAUAGCAGGAGAGUUGGCAAGAGACGGCACGCUCAAGAGUUUUGGAGAGAAAAGAAAGAAGGGAUACUGGUCUGUAGUUGUUGACAUCGGAGGGAUCGAGUGUAGGUUUUUUGAGGAGGGGUGCAACUCUCGCUCUCUUGAAGAUGGAAGGGACAUGGCCAGCGGUCAAGGAUGAGUUGAUGAGCGAGGUGAGGUAAGGGAGAAGGUCUCCGGAAAUGGUCUGGAGAAGAGAGGAGGGGAUAGGGUCAAGCGGGCAGGUUGUUGGGCGGCCGGCCAUCACAAGUCGCAAGAUUUCAUCUGGAGAGAGAGGGGAGAAAGAAGUCAAAGCAUAGGGUAGGGCAGUGUGAGCAGGACCAGCGGUGUCAUUUGACUUAAUAAAUGAGGAUCGGAUGUCGUCAACCUUCUUUUCAAAAUGGUUGACAAAGUCAUCCACAGACAGGGAGGAGGGAGGGGGAGGAGGAGGAUUCAGCAGGGAGGAGAAGGUGGCAAAGAGCUUCCUAGGGUUAGAGGCAGAGGCUUGAAAUUUAGAGUGGUAGAAAGUGGCUUUGGCAGCGGAAACAGAGGAAGAGAAUGUAGAGAGGAGGGAGUGAAAAGAUGACAGGUCCGCAGGGAGUCUAGUUUUCCUCCAUUUCCGCUCGGCUGCCCGGAGCCCUCUUCUGUGAGCUUGCAAUGAGUCGUCAAGCCACGGAGCAGGAAGGGAGGACCGAGCCGGCCGGGAGGAUAGGGGACGUAGAGAGUCAAAAGAUGCAGAAAGGGAGGAGAGGAGGGUUGAGGAGGCAGAAUCAGGAGAUCGGAAGGAGAAGGAUUUAGCAGAGGGAAGAGAUGAUAGGAUGGAAGAGGAGAGAGUAGCGGGAGAGAGAGAGCGAAGGUUGCGACGGCACAUUACCAUCUGAGUAGGGGCAGAGUGAGUAGUGUUGGAGGAGAGCGAGAGAGAAAAGGAUACAAAGUAGUGGUCGGAGACUUGGAGGGGAGUUGCAGUGAGAUUAGUAGAAGAACAGCAUCUAGUAAAGAUGAGGUCAAGCGUAUUGCCUGCCUUGUGAGUAGGGGGGGACGGUGAGAGGGUGAGGUCAAAAGAGGAAAGGAGUGGAAAGAAGGAGGCAGAGAGAAAUGAGUCAAAGGCAGACGUAGGGAGGUUAAAGUCACCCAGAAUUGUAAGGGGUGAGCCAUCCUCAGGAAAGGAACUUAUCAAGGCGUCAAGCUCAUUGAUGAACUCUCCAAGGGAACCUGGAGGGCGAUAAAUGACAAGAAUGUUAAGCUUGAAUGGGCUAGUGACUGUGACAGCAUGGAAUUCAAAUGAGGAGAUAGACAGAUGGGUCAGGGGAAAAAGAGAGCAUGUCCACUUGGGAGAGAUGAGGAAUCAUGUGCCACCGCCGCGCUAACCAGAUGCACUCGGGGUAUGCGAGAACACAUGGUUAGACGAGGAAAGAGCAGUAGGAGUAGAAAUCAGACUCUAGAUCUAAUGCUGGGGGUUAUAAGAUGACCAAUCAAAAACACAGAUCGUUUGGAGUGAUACCGGAAGAAGAAACAAAAAAAAUGGAGGAGUUUGCAACGGCCAUAUGGCUUUGAAGAGGAAUCAUGGAACAAGAACAGGAAUAUUGGGACAGGGACACAGAAAGGGGGAUUUCUGAGGCGUAAAAAGAGGAAGAGGAGGUGGAAGAGAAUAAGGAAAGCAGAGGUUGGAUUUGAAUCUGAGGAAGAUGGUGAUAAAAAUGGAGAUGGGGUGUCGAAGAAGAUUGGUGUCAAGUGCAAAAAGAGUGAGCCGUGUUCCAGUCCGAGUUCUGGAGGAGAAAUUGAAGUAAAUGAGGGUAGGUUGGUGGAAGGUGUCGUGAAGCUCUAGGAACCUGAGCUUGGCAUCGUUGGACAUGAUAAAAAAAUUAUCUGGUCCAAUAGGAGUGACAUUUUUGGAGAAAGUGGACCCUUGUCUUUUGGCGGAUCCAUUUGUGGUUUCAGGGUGGGAAUCAGUGAAGGUAACCUGUAGUGGACUUGUAAUAUUUGUUUGUGUUUCUUCUGACCAGAGGGAGCAGGCGCUCCGUGUCACGUAAUUUGGGUCAAGAUCUGUUUCGUGCUUUGCUAUCAGGAACAGGAUCACCAUUGAAAGGAGUGAUUUCUGGGGUAGCGUUAAGUGUGGAGGUGGAGCAAUUGAAGUUGAAAAUUCCUGGUGUUUGUGAUGCCCGCCGUUUGGUGCGACGCAGACCUGAUGGGGAGUGUGGUGAAACAGAGGAGUCAUUGUCUGUCCUUUUGAGUCAGUCUCUACUGACAAAGUCAUGUUAUCAGUUAUCCUGUUAGAGCUUUAAUGCUUUAGGUGCAACGUUUAUGGUCAUGUCACCGCAGUGUGUAGGAGGGAGAUUCUGAGAUGUGGGAAGUGUGCAGGAGGGCAUGGGACAGAGGGAUGUGUAGUUUUGGUGGAUAAAGUUGUGUGUGUCAACUGUAGGGGUGCUCAUGUUGCUGGGGUUCGGAAGUGUCCGGUGCAAGAGAGGGAGGUUGAGGUGGCCAGAGUCAGAGUAGUGCAGAAGGUGUCGUAUACUGAGGCAGUGAAGAAAGUAGAGGAGGAUGGGUCAAUGGUGAGGGGUCUUGAGAGGAUCCCUGUGAGUAGUAGUUUGUGUCAGAGGGUGUUUCGGGCUUCAGUAAGGCUGGCUUCUUAGCGUUCAUAGCAAUGGUUAUCAACUCUACCGCAGAAGUGGAAUGUAAAUCACAGAAAAGAGAUGUUGUGGUGGCAGCUGCAGAGAAGUAUUUGGGCAUACGAGAUUUGACUUCAGAAGAGUUACAGGGUGUGUUGAGUGGUGGUGUCCAGUCCUCCCAGGCCCUCGGCAUGGUGCAGGAGCAAAUAGGGUCAAAGUAGUGGAAUGGGGUAUGUGUCUUUUAUUCGGUCCUGUAGGCCUACACAGAUGCUACUACAUUAGCCGGUGUAGCGAACUUAUGAUUGCUGUUGCCUGUUCCCUGUCAGUGUGAUUCUCUGUUUUUAGCUAACUCUUUGCUUCAGACGGGUUUGAUGCGUUGACUUGGAACAUAAGCAAAGCUAUAUUUCAGUUGCUGAAUGUUAACUGGUGUGCUCCGUUAGACGCGUCAGCCUGCGCUAACAGCUAUAGCUAUCUCUUUCAGUGUCUACCCCUGUAGGUUGGUUAAUGUGGGAUAAGGUUUAGUUAUGGUGGGUUUUCACUUCCAGUACAUGAGCAUGUCGCUGAAGCUAGCUUCUACCUCAGGCCAGGUGUAGCUCUUCACCCAAGCCAGAUGUACUGUAGCUCUACACCCAGGCUAGCUGUAACUAAUACAUGUCUCUCUCCAUACCCUGUAGGUUAUUGUGACGAUCGGCCUACAGUACGUGAACACCUCCCUGUCCAACCUGGCCAACCCAGAGGACCCAGAAAGUGAGAGCGAAGGCUGGAUCCUGGAGAAGACGGUGAAGGAGACAUUUACUGAUAUUAUGGACAAGAUGAAAGCCAUGAGCAAGGGUAAUGUAGUGGACGAGGCCGGAGUGGAUGGUGUCGCCACGGUGAGCUGAACAAGACACGUUGACACAAAUUGAGACCACUCCCACCGAAGGGAAGAAAGGCAGAUUGGCCACCUCCUUUGCAUUUAUUACACAAAAUACACACAUGAUACACACAUAAUUCACACAUAUUACACACUUAAUGCACACAUAAUACACACAAAAUACACACAUAAUACACACAUACAUGCACAACACACACAAUUCUGUCCAUCUGAAGGGAAAACUGAAAUGGACACAAAUGGACUCUUUAGUACAUGUCAGCACUUACGACAUUUUGAAUGUACGAAUGCAUGAAUGUAUGUAUAAGUUACAUUAUAACCAAUUUCCAAUAUGCCCUCCCCCAAUCCAAUACACACAGACUCAAACACAAUACACACUUUUUCUAACACUCAUACUUUUUCCACUCACACACACACACACAC